GGGACUUCCGCUUUUCGUCCGUUGAGCCCGGAAGGAGACGGCCUUUCCUCAGAGUCUGGUGGUCCCCGUGGAAGAUUUGGAGCUUUUCCCCAAUUCGAAUCCGGGCGACGGUUUCUUCCCUUCCCCCACCUCUUAACGGUCUUCUCCCCUAACGGCGAGAUGACGUACCCAGGGUUCGGAGCGUACGGUGCUUACCGUGGCCAGGUGCCAAUGCAAAUGGCCAUGGGCCAACCCGUGCCAGGAGGAGUACCAAGUAUGGCCCAUGCUGGAUCUUCUGGGUAUUCUGUUUAUUCUGGUGCCUACGCUGCUGCUGUUGAUCCUAUGUGGACAUUUUUCAGUGCAAUUUCUGGACAGGAUGGUGAAGUGGAUGCUGAAGAGCUACAGAGAUGUCUAACGCAGUCUGGAAUCACUGGAACUUACACUCCGUUCAGCUUGGAGACCUGCAGAAUUAUGAUAUCAAUGUUGGAUAGAGAUAAUACUGGGAAAAUGGGCUUCAAUGAAUUUAAAGAACUCUGGGCAGCUCUAAGUGCUUGGAAGCAAAACUUCAUGAUGAUUGAUCAGGACCGAAGUGGAACUGUAGAACUUCACGAAUUGACUCAAGUCAUCGUUGCUAUGGGUUAUAGGCUAAGUCCACAGACAUUGAUUUCGAUCGUCAAACGUUACAGCAAGAAUGGCAAAAUAUUUUUCGACGACUAUGUGGCUUGUUGUGUAAAGCUGCGGGCUUUGACAGAUUUCUUCAGGAGACGAGACAGCAUGCAACAGGGCAUUGUGAAUCUUGUAUACGAUGAUUUCUUGCAGUGCACUAUGGCUAUCUGAGUGCCAACCGUGGAAGAGAAUGCCAGAAUAUGACAACCUGUUUUGAGGAAACUAAUGGAUGCUGUGAAAAACCAGGCUGCCACUGACUUUUCCACGUUUCUGCCUGCUAAUGCAUAUCUUCUGUAUAAAUACCUUUGAUUUUUAGUGUGUAGUUCAACAAUAAAAAGUGUUCAUAUUUUACAGUAAUUCUUUAGAAGUGUGCCAUUCUUUAUGCAUAUUGAUGUUUGACUUUUUUAUAUUUUUUGGAUUAUGCUCUCAGGAUCAAUUAGAGAAGAAAACACAAUCAUGUCAAGGUUCUAAACAGGGUUCAGCUGUUCCUUCAAGUGCAAUGGCCCUGUUGUACGAAAUAGCCAUAAAAGCUGGCUGCUGAACAGCAGGUGUUGUAGUGUUAGGAUAUGGAAACAGUUUAUGCGGCACGGCUGUCAGAUUCUAAAGGUCUGAAGAAAACCUAUCUAGUUGAUGUCUGCAGCGCUAUCUUAAAACACGUGCUUUGAUUUGUUUCCUUCCGGAUGCUUCAUAGAUUUUACUCAAACACAGCCUGGCAGAAUCUGCUCAUGGUGAAAUUAUUUAAUGGUGGUUGAACAAAAUCUUUCUUAGAGCCAUUUUUUUAUCUUUUAAGAUCUAAUCUACUGAAGAGUUCAUGCGCCUCUGUAGGGCACCCACCGCUUUCCUUAAGUUUAAACCAUUUGAAAUUUUUCUAGAUGUGUAUAAACGGGAGAAAGGCUUCCUAAUUGACCCUUUAGUGGGCAUACUGUUUUCACAUGGAAUUCCAUCAUUAUCUUUGCAGCCCAGUAAACACAUGCCUGACUUGAUUAUCAAGGCCAGCACCAUACGUUCUCCCUGCACUGCUGCAUGAAAAUAGACACAUGUAGCUUGCUAGGGAAGCUCUUUGUUAUGUGAAGAAAGUUCCUCAUAUAGAUAUAGUGAUUUCAACAAGGCCUCUGAAAUCGUGCCAAGACAGCUCAGUCUUCUAGCAAUGCAUAAACUGGGCCCAAGGCAGUCCCUUUCACCAUUCAACUGUAAUUUAUAUACCUGAGUAGGAGUUGUGGAUUUCAGUGACAUGUCCAAGUGAAGAUAGCAGCCUGUGGCUAAUGGAUCGAUGAUGCUUAGUUACUGUCUAACUCUUCUAUGCUUACCUGAAAUGUGCUAACUCAACCUUAUUAGCCAUCACGUAGAUGCUUCUUAUUGACAAGGGGUUCUGCAACAGUAACCUUUGUGACAUGCACCUGUUUGCUUUACAGAGCCACUUGGCCAGGCACUAGUGGAAGAAGGUCGAGUUUGCAGCCUACCACUGCUGCAGUAGCCAGUGAGCCCACUUAAUUAGUGCAGCCCAGCACAGUGGUAUUUCUUUGUAUAUGUUAAAUUAGUGCUUGGAUCCACUUGCUUAAGCAAAGGUUGCCUUAAUUAGCUAUAGGGCCACAAAUUGCAGAUGACCCCCAUGUCAACUGAAAUGUCAAGGGUCAAUUUACCUGGCAGUAACAGUUAACUCCUCAUGCUAGUUAAGAUACCUUGUGUGGAAAUCUGUAAUGUAUGUAUACAAGUCUAUAUUGAUAUCGAAAUUCUGUGGGGGGGUUUUCUCCAUCACCCUGAAGAUUUGUAUCAGUAUCCUGGAUUCUCUUAUCAAAUGUCUUUCAGCACCUGUGACUUUUCCUUUUGCAGCUGCCAACAUGAGUCCUGCAUUUGCGAACAUUUGCAUGCAUAAUUUUGCUGUUCACAAUUGUCAAGUAAUGGUUGUAGAUGAUUUGGGGUCUGUGUAGAGACCUUCCUUAUUGUAUGAAAUUUCUGGAUUCUGUCCUAACUGUAUGAUUGCUCUUGUAAUAACUAUUUUCAUUAUCAUCCUGGCCAAUUGAAAAUAAACUUGGAGCUGGCUUUAUUACUCUUUCAUAGAAA